AUGUCACAGAGGACCGGCCUGUCCCCCUCCAACGUCUCCGAAGCAUCGACAUCGUCGCAGCCCUCAGUCGCUCAGCCUUCGGGCUCCGGGGACGUCACGUCGCCCGAGGCCAGAAAAUAUGUCACUCAGGCAUGCCAGCCGUGCCGUGCCAAGCGCUCCAAGUGUGACAACGCCCAUCCCACCUGCUCAGCCUGCGUAGCGCGAGGAACGCUAUGUGUCUACUCCGAUGUCGACCGUCGGAGAGGCAAGCUGAGGGCGAACGAGACGGACGCUCUGCAAGAGCGAGUCCGGAAGGUCGAAAACAUUAUCAACGUUCUGACACAGCGAUCCGAGGAGGAGGCGUACGACCUGCUGAGGAGGAUGAGGACUAACCCACCUCAAUCUCUGGGCAGUGAGGGGUUGGCUGAAUGGACGCAGGCGCGGGAGAGGGAGGGGGAAUUCAAUGCUCCGGCUGCACGCGUCUACACGGUCCAUGACCUGCCACCGGAACACCUGAUACAGUACGGCAUCAGAGCAUUCUUUAGCAGCACCUAUACAUUAUUCUAUAUCUACGAAAAACAAGAGAUGGACGACCUCCUGACCAGGGUAUACCGAACCCACGAAGCCGUCGACAAUGCGACCCUAUGCGAACUCUGCGCCGUGGCCGCGGUCGGGAGCCACUAUGAUGGCGACAAGUUGGACGGACCGGUCUUGGACGCCUUGUUCCAGACCGCCACGAUUUAUAUGAGUGACUGUAUCGAGUCACAGUUUUUGCGAGGCAUGAGAGUGCUUCUAUGUCUCGGCAUCGUUUCAUCUUUGACCAAGCGCACGAGCGCUCGUUUAUCGAUCGCUUCUGGAUUGAGACUGGCUCGCUGGGCGCGUCUGCAGCAGCAAGAUAUCUUGCCCUGGGUCGCCUACCGGAAAGUCUACCGAUCGCUCGUCUUUAUGGAAUGCUGGCUUGCUUCGACCCUCGGAUACCAGCCCGAUCUCAGCCACGACGAGGCCGAGCUUGCGAGCCAAGAGAUUAUCGAAGCCCAACCGACAACCGAGAACCGCAUCCAAGCCGAAGUAUGUACGAUUGGUUUGAUGGUGGCAGGGAUCAUGCUGGAUGUCGACAAGCCGACUUCAGCAGUGUUUUCCGUGGUUGAGAAGCAUUCAAGGAUAUUAGGUGAGUGGCAGGAGAAACUACCCGAUUCAAUGAGACUGGAUGCGCUCGUCCCCCCGGGCCACGGGACCGGGCUUCCAGAGCCGCACCGUCAUAGCCUUAUUCUCGUUCAUGUGAUGUUUCUGGGAGCCAAGAUGAUGCUCCAGAGACGACUGCUGGUGGAAAUGGCCAACUGUCGAAUGCAGAGGCGAUGGACGCUGGAUGGAACGCCCAGGCAGGCGUCGCACCUGUUGGCUCUGCGUAAACCAGAAAAGAUGAGGGCUAAUACCUUCUUUUCCCUUGAUCCUGCCAGUGGUCAGGCGUUUAGCGCAUGCAGCGUUCUCCUCUUCGCGGCCGCUCAGCGACUCUUGUACGAUCAGAGAGAUAGGGUUCAGGUCUACCUCUCUGGGUCCCAGGAAUGCAUUAAUAUGCUCGCCAGUUGCAGUGUUGUGGACCGUGUGGCAAACUCGUUGCUCCAGAUCGUCCGCCCGCUGCACCAGGAUCUUCAGCGACUAGCUAGUACCGAAUCCAGCAGUCGACCGAAGAGCGGAAUCUACGAUCUACUCGAAAAUCCACACGCGGAUGCUGCCACCAGUCCACCCACCACGGCAGGCAUGCGAGGGUGGUCCCCAGGAGCCCAGCAAUACCAAGGCAUUACCGGCGAACCCAGUGCGUUGCCGCCGCCGAUCCGCACAGCCGCUAUACCGGCCAUGCAGCAUGCGAUUGAAGUUCUGGGAAAUCCGUUUGGCCUUCCCAGGAGGCUGAACACCGAUUCGUUCGCCGCCGGGGACCCUAUCGCUCCGAGCUGGAGCUGA